GUGAACAUGUGCGAGUACAUUGCUACAAAGCGUGAAGAACUGGUAGGCCUUCGUAACAUUGCAGGGGAAACGCCUCUCUUCUUGGCUGCUCUCCAUGGUAAAAAAGAGGCUUUCCUUUACCUCCAUAGUAAAUGCGGCCCUGCAGGCACACACAAUCACUACACUCGAAGGGAUGAUGGCCAAACCAUUCUUCAUGUUGCCAUCUCUGGAGAGUACUUUGAUGUGGCAUAUCAUAUCAUUUGUAAGUAUGACCAUCUUAUCUAUUGUGUCGACGAGAAUGGCUACACUCCGCUCCAUGUCCUGGCCAGUAAACCAGCUGUAUUCAAAACUAGUCUUCACCUGGCCCAAUUCAGCAGAUUUAUUUAUAAUUGUUUACAUGUGGACGAACUCACGAAUGAACCAGUCCCUAUCAGCAGUUCCAUGCCAACUUUCAAAGGAAAAGAGAAGCCUGAGAAACAUCCAGAGAAGUACAAGACGUGUAUCAAUUUUUUUCAACCAUUGCUGAAAAUGCUGAAGAAUAUGAUUAAAAGACCAGAGAAUUUGCCAACAUCUAGGAAGCAUAUGGAGACAAAUAAGGCUAAUAUGGAGGAGGACCUCAAACAAAGAAGAGGUGAUACUGCUCAGAAUCAAGGGAAAAGAUCAUGUGAUAUGAAGCUGAUGAUCCGCAAAUUUAUAUCUAGAUCGGCAAUGUUGUUCAUUAGAGGAUUAGUGCGGUUGUUCGGAUCAAGAGAGCUAAAGAAGAUGCGAGCAAAGAAGGAAAAGAACGUAUGGUCUUUAGAGAUCAUGAAACUGCUGCUACAAAAAUCUUCUUCUCAUACGUAUGAUAGUUCUGGCGGAUGUAAUCCAGGGCCAUUCUCAAUGCCUAAUAAAUCUCCUCUGCUUACCUACCAUACUUCUACCGCACGUCAUCCCCAGCCAUUCUCAAUACCGAUGGAAAAAGAUCAAAUGGAUUGUUUUUCUAAUCCGGACAGCACGAAUCAAAGAAGGGAGACACCAAUACUACUUGCAGCAAAAAAUGGUAUAACCGAAAUGGUUAUGGGAAUCCUAAAGUUAUCCCCCACUGCCAUUCUGGACAGGGAUUCUGCGAACAAGAAUAUAGUGCAUUUGGCAGUUGAAAAUAGGCGAACCAAACUGUACGAGAAAUUAGCCAAGAAGAUCAGUAUCUACGAAGGUGCAUUUCGUGCUGUUGACAAUAGAGGGAACAGUGUGUUGCAUCUUGCUGCAACUUUAGGUGAUCAUCGGAGUUUUCCAUUUGCAACACUGCAAAUGCAGUGGGAAAUCAAGUGGUACAAGUACGUGAAGGAUUCUGUACCACGAGAUUUCUUUAUCAGUCGCAACAAUGAAAACAGGACAGCAAAGGAGAUGUUCAGAAAGUCACACGAAGUAUUGGUAAAAGAAGGAGGCAAAUGGCUAAUCAGCACCUCCAAUUCAUGCUCUGUUGUGGCAACAGUUGUGACAACCGUGGCCUUUGCCACAACAGCUACCAUACCGGGCGGGAUGAAGGAAGACAGCAGCACACCAAACCUCGAGCAUGAUCCGGGUUUCAUUGUCUUUGCCAUUUCAUCUCUAAUUGCUCUCUCAUUUUCUAUCACCUCUGUGAGCGCAUUUCUGGCCAUUCUUACCCCAAGACACAGCCCAAAGGAUUUUGAAAGAAAGUUGCCGAAAAAGCUCUUGUACGCCCUAACAUUUCUUUUUAUAUCGUUAGCGGCCAUGUUGGUUAGUUUCUGUGCAGGCCACUUCUUUCUGGUGAGGGAUGACUUGCACCGUAAAGCAUUUCUGGUGUAUGGAGUAGUAUGUCUGCCAGUAGCAUAUUUUGCUAUGAAGCAGUUUCCCUUCUACAUCGAUCUUGUACUUGAUACCUUUAGGACGGUGCCGCGACAUAUGCCUAGCUAGCUAGCUAGCUCAUACUUAAGGGCUGCCCAUGUUUUCUUUUUUCUCUUUCCUUCCUUUUGGUUGGCUGGU